GAUGAAGAGACAGAAUCAACAUCAACUACAGAUGAAGAGACAGACCCUCAGAACAGAGAUCAGAGGAAGAGAAAAGACAGAAGUCAUGUCCAAAGUGUGGACAGCUCUCACAUGUCAGAAGGUCAGUGUGACUCUGAUGUUAGAAAAAAUCCCAAGAAGACAAAUCUUGGUAAGAAACGUAAACAAUCUCAAAAAGAAGAGAGACUUUCCUCUAUCAAGUCUGGUAAAAACUCAAGAUUACUUAGUAACCCGUCUGACUACAUGGAAACUGGGUCUGAUGAAAGAUGUUAUAUCUGUAAAGAAUGUGGUAAAAGCUUUUGUGACAAAUCUCUAUUCAGAAUUCACACAAGAAUCCAUGCAGAAGAUGAGAGAUUUUCGUGUAAAGAAUGUGAGAAAAGUUUUAAUUACAUAUCUCAUCUCAAACAACACAUGAGAACUCACACAGGAGAAAAGCCUUUUUCUUGUAAAGAAUGUAAUAAAAGUUUUAGUCAUGCAUCUACUCUCAAAACACACAUGAGAAUUCAUACAGGAGAAAAGCCUUUUUCUUGUAAAGAAUGUAAAAAAAGUUUUAGUCAUGUAUCUCAUCUCAAAACACACAUGAGAACUCACACAGGAGAAAAGCCUUUUUCUUGUAAAGAAUGUAAAAAAAGUUUUAGUCGUGUAUCUCAUCUCCAAACACACAUGAGAACUCACACAGGAGAAAAGCCUUUUUCUUGUAAAGAAUGUGAUAAAAGUUUUCGUGAUGUAUCUACUCUCAAAAAACACAUGAGAACUCACACAGGAGAAAAGCCUUUUUCCUGUAAAGAAUGUAAUAAAAGUUUUUGUGAUGUAUCUAAUCUCAAAUCACACAUGAGAACUCACACAGGAGAGAAGCCUUUUUCCUGUAAAGAAUGUAAUAAAAGUUUUUGUGAUGUAUCUAAUCUCAAAACACACAUGAGAACUCACACAGGAGAAAAGCCUUUUUCUUGUAAAGAAUGUAAAAAAAGUUUUAGUCGUGUAUCUCAUCUCCAAAGACACAUGAGAACUUGUAAGACUUUUUCUUGACAAUGUAAGGAUUUAGUGUAAACUCUAAAUUCAAAACUUUUCUAAUAAGAGGUCGACCUCUCAACCUCUGUACCAGAAUCAGAAUCAGCAGAAUACUUUAUUCUACAGGGGAAAGUUCUGUAUCUCAAAAAAUUAUUUCUUUUUAUUUCUUUAUUUCUUUAUUUUAUUCCCUUUAUUUCUUAUUUUAAAAUAAGUUUUUAAUGCUCAAAGCUUCUGGGGUGAAACCCCAAUGUUCUAAUGAACUCCAUAGCAACCUGAGCUUUCAUUUCAUGUACACAGAGCCACAGGCUGAUGGCCUCCAUACCAUAUUGAUGCAGUAACUUCAUUAGAGGGAGGCCCAAGUGAGUAUUGAAUGUGUAGAAUUUACAUUUUCUACAGACUUUCAUUGUUUUGAUGUGAUAUUCUAACUGCCUAGGACAGUUGUUUUGUUUUUAUCUUCUCCACAAUUACUAAACCACAAUUAUUAAAAGUAAAAAGUAAAGAAUCAAUCCAUUUCAAUCUUUGUAUACUGAUACUAGACAUUGAGUUUUACUGCUGACAAAAUAUGUACAACCUUUUUACAAAAUGAAUUAUUUUAGAUGUACCUGUAAAUAGAAUUCUUUUAAAUAGAGAUAAAACUUGAAUGUCUUCAUUGCUUUUGUAGUUUAUGCUAAUAUGAUGUACACAUUGUCUGUGUGUGUUUCCACGACAUUUGAAAUAUUUUGUUUGCAUCUUUAAUUCUAACACUUUUACGUGAUCAGUGAACAUUUCACUAUUAUUUUAGCAAAAAGUAGCAACUGCAGUGUAUGCUUUGUUAGGUCAAGUAACCAUUUAGUAGAGAUGGGUAUUGUUAAGAUUUUAUCCAUACUACUGUUCUUAUCGAUCUGCUGCUUUUCAAUCCGGUAUUCUUAUCUGUGUUCUUAUUGAUACUUUUCUGUGUAAAAACAAGGAUGUAGAAGACAAAAAACAUACUUUGUACAUGAAAACCUUCUAUUUUAGAACCAUUUAAAACAUAAUGUAUUAAUGUAGCGUCAUUUACAACACUAAAAUAAAAUUAUCAAUAAUUC